AUGUCUCCUCCGUCUCCUGUACCGUUUUUCUACCGUGUUGAUAAGUUCACUCUUCAGAUGGAGAGAAGAUGUAAGUCAGGGAGCACGAACUUACAAUGUGUCCUAUCACUACAUCCUGAAACCGGAAGUCCCCCUCAAAUGUUUAUUUAAUAUUGACCGAAUCAUAGUUCACCACCUUUAUUAAAGACUUGGUCUGCAGACUACCAAAGCCUGAGGCAGGGAGAGCAGCAGCAAAGACCCCCGUAGAGCAACAUGAGUGACCCUACAUGUGACUCUGGAAAACUCAGGAGCAGGAAACAGUUAACUGUGAGCGUGACCUCCUGGCCUGCCUGAACUAGCACAGAUUUCUUCCUUUAAUUCUCUGUAAAAAAAAAGUCAAACUGGGUUUAAAUUUGAUCCUGACGUCUAACAGCUGUCAAGGGAGAGGCUGUAAAGUGACAGUUUGAUGCUUUUAAUCUCAUGUAACUCUCUCGCUUUUGUAAUCUUUGAUUCAUGGCUCCAAGGGAAGCAUUAGUCGACUCCCUCUGACCCCUCAGCACACAGUUACAUAAACCACAGACUGAGGCCCAGCCCGGGCUGCCGGUCCCGCUCCACGCUGAGUCCGAGCCAGACGUCUAAGUGAAUAUUUAUUGAACUUGGAUUUGAGGAUGAGAAUACAAAACUCUUCAUUCGUGUCAUCAGCCGAGUCCAACAUCUGGUUUGGAGAGUCGUGGACCGGCUCUCUAAUCAAAUAUAGACGUCGACUAACAGAGUUUAGAGGAAGACAUGUGAGAUCCGAGUUUUCAGCAGGUCUUUGUCAUGCAGGUGAAGACAUUUUAUCCUCCAGUUCUGACCCAGUUCUUCUUCUCUUUGUGAGCUCAUUUUCUUCGUCUUCAGGCCUGCAGCUGAAAUCAGAUCAGAUGACAAAGGGUUGAGCCCUCUGACAGAACUUUUUGUCUUUUCCAGACUCCAAUCAUAUUUUUCCUCGUUUUUUUUCUCCUCUCCUGAAACCCUGCAGCAGGUGAACGUCUCACAAGAAUGAAGAAAAAGCUUGAUUUGAUUUUUUCCCUCAGGUGACAGCUCUUUCUCACUCGCUCUCUUUUUCUGCCCAAGUCGACACAGGGAAAAUGCAUCGCUUCACUUUUUAAAGAAAAGGCUUCAGUCUGGUUUAGGUAACUGGAGUCACUGCCUGAGCGGUUUGGAGUAGGACCCGUUAAUCCAUCACCUCCUCAGAGGGUCUUUAAGCACCAGUCUGAGACCCCCGUCUGACAUCUCUCCCCGCUCAGCCGUGAUGACCACGUCUCCCCUGAGGAAGCGCUGCAGCUCAUUUGUUUACACCAUCACCUCUCCGAGUGAAUCGACCAAUGAGGCGCUCUGGCGAGUGUUUGUUCUUGUCAGGUCGUUUCAGGAGGAAUAAUGUGGACACACUUAGAGGGAUCAACCGCUCCGUGUUGUCUUCGGGACUUAAAGUGGUUUCUAUCAUCCUGUCGGUGAACGGUGAACUGUGUUUGAGAGGUCAGCUCUGCAUUAACCACAUUUUAAAGGUAGAAGGGCGAGUUAUCUCCGUGCCUCUCAGAGUCACUACUAGAUGCUCCGUAUUUGAGUCACACUUGGUGUCCAGGAUUACACCGUCUGCUUUGAGAGGUGACUCAUACACACCUGUUUGACUGACUCGUUAAUAAGCAGUCAGUCGUCACACGGCGGGGUCACAGCUUAGUGUGAGAGGAAGUCACGGUUGUGAAAUAAUUCCUCCUAACUGAGCGAGUUAACGUGAGACAGAGUGACAGGAAAUGUGACUCAGAGUGAAAUCACAGAGGUCAAAGUUCAUUUUCAGACAGCUCUGUUUUUCUAAUUUUUUGUCUGUUUUUUAGAGUCUUUUUUUGUUUGUUUUCACAAAUUUAUUUGUUUUUCAUACUUUUUUUGUUUGUUUUGUUUUUGUUUUUGAAAAAAAAAACACUUUUAGUUGACACUGAGUCUCAGAUUUGUUGGAUAAAGGCUGAACCAAAAAAAAAACAGAUGAGUUUUUUUUGUUGCAGGAAACCAACUGAAAGUCACUCAUUAUGAAAUAUACGGUUAUGAAUUUUGUACCUUUUAAAAUAAGACAUUUGUGAAUUGUUUCUGUCCGCCAUCUUCCUUAACCUCGCCGCACAUCUCCCCUUCGCCACCGUUCACGUCCCCUUCCUGAUAAACACGCUGGCUCUCUUCUACAACUUUGGAAAAUCCUGGAAGUCCGACCCGGGAAUCAUAAAAGCGUCAGAGGAGCAGAAGAAAAAGGUAAAGUUUUGGUUCGGACCUGAUCUGACGUGUGCAUGUACUCCUGAUCCUGGACAGGGGAGACCUCUGCUGCUCUGUGGUGUCUCCUCUGGCUCUCUGCCCACACUCAUCCCUCUCUCCGACUCUCAUUAUCUCACUUUAAUGGAGGACAACAGCUUCUUUACUCGGGCCUGUGAUUGAUGAGGAGCUAAAGUUAACCUGCAUUGUUAGCACAGAGCAGCCGGCUCGGAUCAGAGGCUUCAGAGUUUCCCUUUCCUGCAGGGGAACCACUUCCUGUUCUCCUCUCAAUAGUUUGUUUAGGAUUGUUUGACCUUUUUAUAAGCAGGUUGAUCUGAAACUGAACCUUAUCAGUACCCCUUAAAGCAGAGUACUGUAAAUCCCAUCCCUGUGUUGGUCCGGGUUCACUGUAAAUCAGCCGUGUUUCCGGUGUGAUCACUCAGCUGGAAGCCCGGCCUCAGCCUGUUUCUGUCAGUAGGUCUAUUGUUGUCGAGCCAAAUAGACCUUGGCAGCAAGAAUUUCUCUGUUCAUUCAUUUUUCUGUCUUUCUUUCUUUCCUGUUUCCUCCCUGCAGACAAUUGUGGAGCUGGCAGAGACGGGCAGCCUGGAUCUGAGCAUAUUCUGCAGCACCUGCUUGGUAAACUCUGACAUCUAUCUCUGAAGAAACCGAUGAUCCAUCCCAGAGAGAACGGCAUUAAUCAUGCGACUUUUCUCCGCAGAUACGGAAACCCAUCAGGUCCAAACACUGUGCUGUGUGCAACCGCUGCAUCGCCAAGUUUGACCAUCACUGUCCCUGGGUGGGCAACUGUGUCGGUAUGUUAUUAACAGACGCACCAAUCAGGACGAGUGGAGAAGGAAGCAAGUGUAGGAAGCAGAUGGGAGACAGUGAAGGGAAGGAAAGGGGUUCAGGGGGGCUCAGCUGGUCAGGAAGAGUCCGGAAAAUGUCUGAACAAACAUCCAAAGCAGCCUCUUCACUGCAGAGACCAAAGCCUGGAGAAAGAUGUAAAAGGUUCCUCAGGAGGUUUGAAAUAUCAUAAACAGAAAAGUUCAGAGUUUCUACAUGUCAUUUUUAUCGAGGCGAAUAUUUGACCGAGGUGAAAUAAAAGUACGUUAACUGUCUUUUUUAAGCUCUUUAAAGAGUUCAGUAUGAAAAAUAUAGAACUCUUUCUACAGCGGUGAACAUUUUUACUAGAUUUGGGAUAGAGGGAAAGAAAAAAAACAGUUUUUAACAGUUUUAACCGAGAAAAGACUUCAUGUUCUCUUUUAUCUUGCUCUAAGUUAAUAACCUUUUGUGUUCGCUUAACCACAGUUAGUCGCUCUUAUCUUUGCUCCUUCAUUUGCAGACUUACGAUCUUAUUGAAUUCCCCUUCAGGGAUCAGUACUGGGCUUCUUCUUCUACUUCUACUUCUUCUAUUCUUUCUCUUUCUACUUCUUCUACCAGUCUUUUUUAUUAUUAUAAUUCUAUUCCUACUUCUACUUAAACUUUUUCUCCUUCUUGUACUUCUCUUUCUUCUUCCACUUCUUCUACUUCUACUACUUUUCUACAUCUUCUACUUCUUCUACUUUUUCAACUUCUUCUUCCAUCACUUCUUCCACUUACUUUUCUUUCUACUAUUCUUUCUUCCUCUACUUCUUUUCAACUUCUACUUCUUCUACUUCCUUUUCUUCUCUUUCUUCUUCUACUUCCACUUCUUUUUCUACUAUUCUUUCUUCUUAUACCACUUCUUCUACUUCUUAUGAUUAUUAUUGUUACUAUUAUUAUUAUUAUUAUACUUCUUCUCUUUCUUCUUCUACUUCUUCUUCUUCUGCAUGCAUUUGUAUACUAAACAGUAACUCUGCUGCACUCAUCAAGUUUCACCAGCUGUGUCGAGUCAUAAACAGCUGUCUCUGUUCGUCCACUCUGAUCAUCUCUUAAAACCAGUCAAAUCAGCUCCAUCAGUUCAAACAGCAGUCACUGAUUAUUUUUAGUGUUUUUUUUUCAUGCUCACAUGUGACCAUGUGAUGUAAAAGGGGCGUGGUGUUCUUGUGUCUCCUCUACAGGAAGUGGGAAUCAUCGCUACUUCAUGGGUUAUCUGUUCUUCCUGCUCUGCAUGAUCUGCUGGAUGAUGUACGGCUGCAUCUCCUGUGAGUAGAAAAUCCUUCUUUGGAAACAUCCUUCCUUUUCUUUCGCUCUCCGCCCUCCUGACUCCCCGUCUCUCUCUCUCUCUUACUCUCUCUCUCUCAGACUGGAGGAUCCACUGUGCCACCAGCUACGCCAAGGACGGUUUCUGGCUCUACCUGACCCAGAUCGCCUCCUGCUCCCCCUGGAUGUUCUGGAUGUUCCUCAACAGCGUCUUCCACUUCAUGUGGGUGGCCGUGCUCAUCAUGUGUCAGCUCUACCAGGUCUGGAUCUCCGACUCUGACAGCAGAUAUUAAAGAUAUUACCCGUUUGCUGUCUCUGUCUGACCUCGUUGUUUUCACGUUUAACAGAUCGCCGCUCUGGGAAUCACCACCAACGAGAGGAUGAACGCUCGGAGAUACAAGCACUUUAAAGUCACGGCCACGUCCAUCGAAAGCCCCUUCAAGUGAGUUUAAGAAAUCCAUCAAUGUCGAGUACACAGAGAGGUCUCUACUUAACUGACAGGAACUGCUCUCUCCUCUCUCUCCAGCCACGGUUGCUUCAGAAACCUCAUAGAUUUCUUCGAGAUCCGCUGCUGCGGGCUGAUGCGGCCCGUGGCGGUGGACUGGACCACGCAGUACACAAUAGAAUACGACCAGACGUCUGGCUCGGGCUACCAGCUGGUUUAG